AGAAGCACGACGUGUAGCGGAGUGCUUCUGAUAACACUUCUCUCGUGUUCUGCCAACCCCUGCGUGCUUUAUGACAAGCACACAGCACGCGCGCGCGUUUUCUAUUUCUUCAACAAAACAAAACAUCUCAUUCAGAUAUAUUUACGUGACUAAAAAUAGGAUGCUAAAAACAACUUUUCAUCAACAGUCAUAAAACUAUGAAUUAAGAUAACUAUUUUACAAAUUUAAAAACGGUUGUAAAGACUGACUCAACCUAAAAUAGUUCAAAGACUAAUAAGAAUUAGUAUCCGAAAUAAAAUUUGAAUGGAAGCAUUUUUUUUUAAUUGAACAAGGUUAUGACAAGCUAAGGGGGGUGGAUCUAUGGGGCAUUCGUUCAAACUCCCUAAACCAUGAUUGAACCCCUUAAUUAGAUCAUCUUAUUUUAUUAUAUUAUCGAACUCACUAAUAAGAAGUUAGAAUUUUGUUUUUUGAUUCGCCAAAAUAUAGCCCUUUUGUUUGAUUUGCUUUAUGCACAAAACUACAAAAUAUGCUAAAUUGGCAGUCAUUACACGGUAGCUUUGUGUUGGUAUGAAUUUGAUAAUAUAAUAAUAAUAUGAUAAUAAUAUAUCGUGGCUUAAGAAAGAUUAUAUUUCCAUUAAGAAAUUAAAUUCUUCUAAAUCAUUAAAAUAAUCUAAUUCGUCCUGUCUUCCAACAUGGCUGCGGUCGAAAAGCCUUUAUAGUUUAAUGUUUUUUUGAUAAUACUAAUUUAUUCAAUCCUCCUUUGCUAAAAUGAUUGCUGUAGCGGAGACUGUUGCCAAGCGACUAUAGAAACUAGUCCAAGUUCGUUUUAAGUCGUUCACCGAUAAAGAUGGCAUUACGACUUGUCUUGGCUUUUAUUUUUUCCCAUUUAUUUUUACUUUGUGUGGUUUCUAAACCAACACUAGACGAGGAGAAGCGUAAUCUGUGUGAAGGGGAACCCAACUUAGCAGAAUGUCUGAUGGAAGUAGAAGAAGCAAAGGCACCGUCCAAAG